GGCAUAAUUCUGUGACGUUUGUGGUAAAAUACCUAAACUUCAAUUGUUAAACAGAAUAUAUUUAUUAACGUUUAUGUACACGCAACGCAUGAGGAAAAAGCAUUUCUUAUCAGUGUACAUCAAUCAAUACAGCUGUUUUCUUACUAAUGAAAUCGCAGUUACUCUACAAUUUUAAUCAUUUUCCACCCAAGUUAAAGAAGUUAAAGGAAAUGGAAGUAAAUCCGAUUGCCUUGAUGUUUGUCUAUAUGGACAGCAAAGGCGACCGCCUCCUAUUUCGCUAUCCCUACGAAAACGUCUAUAAAGAUAAGCCACAGUUGCAUUGCAUGUCGUUGGCUGCAUCAGCGCCGGUUUUAAAUAACCCGCCCUUGGUCGAUAUAGCAAUGAGCAGUUCAGCCACAUCGUUGGUUUCACAAGUGUCGUCGGAAACGAGCAGAAAACGUAAUCCUUAUGCUAUCAGCAGCUCCGAUGAAUUGUUGCAGACUGUGCCCCCACCACAUGUUACACCUACCACUGUAUUCGGUGUUUGCAACAAUUUGUGCAAUACCGCACCCAAAGGACAGCUGGAAGGUUUCACCGAUGAAGUGCUAUCUACACUAUUUGCCGUGAAGCAACAAUUGUGCAAUCAAAAAUUAGAAUUGAAAGUGAAUGAUGUGCGUUUUGUGUCGCACCCUACGUUGAUACCACGCAACGAGCAACGGUCUAGUGGUGGCAGCAAUGCAAGCAAUAGCGUAAGCACAGCACCUACGUCAAUGCCAAUUGCAGUGUCGUCUGGUGUGCCCAGUGGUGGCGCAACGACAAAUGUUACGCUUACAUUGCCGCAGCCGAAGUCACAGCCACAACAAAUGCUCAUAAAUAUCGUUUUCGCUUUGCAUGCGCAAGCCAGUUAUUCCAUAGUGAAAUGCUACUAUGAACUAAGCAAACGUCUCGGUUUGGCGCUACGUGUCGAAGAGCAACGCGCCGGUUAUUGUACUGAGGAGACAAUGCUUAUGGCGCGCACUCAUGACGAACUCUCGUCACAGCAGCUACCGCUGGAGCGCACUUUCGAUGCCAUCGCCGAGCGUAGCACCUUAGCACAAGCGCUCAAAUCGAUCUAUCACGACCUAUGCACUACCGGCUUGCUGAAUACAACAUUAAAUCAGUAUUUGACAGUGAGCUUUUGCCUGCCACAAAAAGCGCAUCAGUUGCACAAGAAAGGCAGCAUGGUGGAUCCCGAGGCCAUAGAUCGUUGUUUGCGCUCGUUAAAGCCCUAUCACGGUAUGCUGCUAGUCGACUAUGCCGAACUGCUCGAUUGUGUGCCGCCACGCGCGGCGCGAAUGCUAUUACAGUUGGUGGAAAUAUACACACCUUUGAUGAGCCUACAAAUGCUUGCCUCCGAGGCGGAUAUGAGCAUUGAGCAUGUCUACAAAAUAGUUUCACAUCUAGUUUAUUGGGGCAAAGCAACCAUUAUUUAUCCGCUCUGCGAGACAAAUGUCUACGUAAUUGCACCUGAUGCGCCGCUCCAUACAAAAUCGCAUUUGGUUGAGAAAUUCUCUGCGCGCUUCGCCGGCAUGUCGCUAUUUGAUGCAAUCUCACAUUUUUCAUUGCCCACAUCCAUUGGGCAUCUCACUACACCGCUGCAACAAUCGGCGCGUCAGGGUAUGCUCGCACAAAUGGUGGUCUGGAUGUUACAGCAUCAUCUGCUGAUGCAAUUGCACACCUAUGUGCAGUUUAUGCCAAGUGAUGUCGAUGAUUUCUAUGGCGGUGUGAGCAGCAUGAAUGUGGCGGCCAGCGAUUGCUCGGUUUGCAGUGAUGGCGCACAUGAACACAAGUCGUCGCUGAUGGACUUGCAGGAAGGUACUAAUACAAUCAGUUCACUGGGUGUGGGCGCUACGGGCGAAUUGAUGAUAUCGCCGAUGUGUAGGAGCAUGAAUGUCAGCGAUGAUGAUCUCAACGCUGGCUCCUUGCUCUCAUGCGCGAGUCAACCAUUGCCAGUGCCACACACCAGCCAUCGCUCCAUUACAGAAGAUCGCUACUCGGGCGGCUGUUCGACGGCAUCAGAUAAUAUUGUAGCACAACCCUCCUCUAGUCACAAAUCAAAUUUUAGCAUGACCGCUUCCAUGAGCACUGAGAACUGUGAUAGUAUAGCAUCCAUUGAGGAUGAGGAAAAGAUUAAAGAACUGCUAUCUAUAUUUAGUGAAGCCGACCGUACGGCAAUACGACGUAUACCAGCUUCAACGAACGUCGACGAUCUUUCGUUGUUGGUGAAACUCUAUCAGGCGGGCUAUUUUAAAAGCGAACAUCACCUAGAGGAAAUUAUGUAUUUUCAAAGUUUACGCCCAGCCGAAUUGUUGCAACUGUUAGAUAAAUUCCGCGAUGUUUUGAUUAUCUAUGAGACUGAGGAUCCAGCUAUUGCAUCAAUGUACAAUAACAAAUGAAGCGCGCAGCGUAAGGAGCAGAAGUGGGAAAGGUCGGAACGCACAUAUGUGCGAAAAGAGUGAGAAGAAGUGUAAAGGCGAGCACUUACAAAAAUGUGAAAUGAGGCAUUUGAAAUGCUUCGAGUUUGCAGUGUCAGCGGCAGCUUAGUAAGGCAGUAAUGGGCAACAACAAUGCACAAUGUAAACUGCAUUUUCAUGCUGAAAUUAAACAAAUUUUUCUUUCUGCCAUUGUUUUUUUUUUUGUUCGUGCUUAGUCUGUAGCGUAUUUUAGUUGAGUCAUUAAUUAAAACUAAGCUGAAUUUUUUUUUUA